AUGGAAGGAAUCUUCUUCAACGUCGACAACGGCUUCAUCGAGGCUGUCGUCAGAGGCUACAGAAACGGACUUCUCACGGGCAAUCAGUACAUCAAUUUGACGCAAUGCGACACCCUGGAGGAUCUCAAAUUGCAACUUUCUGCAAGUGAUUACGGCAACUUUCUAGGGUCGAUCGCAUCCGAUGCGCUCACCACGUCGAUUAUUCAGGAAAAAGCAUCUGCGAAACUGUACCAGGAGUUCCAAUACAUACGGAACCAAACCAGUUCCGUGACCAGAAAAUUUCUCGACUACAUCACGUACGGCUACAUGAUCGACAACGUGGCACUCAUGAUCACCGGAACCAUCCACGACCGUGAUAAAGCCGAGAUCUUGCCCCGUUGCCACCCGCUUGGUUGGUUCGACACUUUGCCCACGUUGACCGUGGCCACGGACCUUGAGUCGCUCUACGAAACUGUCCUCAUCGAUACGCCCCUUGCCCCUUACUUCAGAGACUGCUUUGAUGCUGCAGACGAGCUCGACGACCUCAACAUCGAGAUCAUCAGAAACAAGCUGUACAAGGCGUAUUUGUCGGACUUUUACGAGUUUGUGUCAACUGAGAUUGACGAGCCAUCCCGCGAAAUUAUGCAGGCCCUGCUAAGUUUUGAAGCUGAUAGAAGAGCCAUCAACAUUUCCCUGAACUCCUUGCAGAGCGGUGAUUUGAUUACUCCUGACAUGAAGCGUGACUUGCUGCCAGACUUCGGAAAACUCUACCCCAUCGGGUCUCACCAGCUGGCUACCACCGGUUCCGACUUCGAGUCCGUGAAGUCUGUUGUGGACAACGUUUAUGAGUAUCGGGGAAUUUUUGAAAACGGUAAUCUGGAGGACCAUUUUUACAGGAUGGAAAUGGAUUUGUGCCGCGACGCUUUUACUCAACAGUUCACUGUCAGCACCAUCUGGGCAUGGAUGAAGUCUAAGGAGCAGGAGGUUAGAAACAUCACCUGGAUCGCAGAAUGUAUUGCACAGAAUCAAAGAGAGAAAAUCAACAAUUACAUUUCCGUGUACUGA